CUCUGGCCGCGAUGCCGCGCAGCCCCACGUCCAGCGAGGACGAGAUGGCCCAGAGCUUCUCCGACUACUCGGCGGGCUCCGAGUCGGACAGCUCCAAGGAGGAGACCGUCUAUGACACCAUCCGCGCCGCGUCGGGGAAGCCGGCCGCCGCCCGGGCGCAGGAGAGCCAGGAGCACACGCUGGUCAUCCGCAUCCUCAUCCACGACCUGCAGCAGACGAAGUGCCUCCGCUUCAACCCCGACGCCACGGUGUGGGCGGCCAAGCAGCGCGUCCUGUGCUCCCUGAACCAGAGCCUGAAGGACGUGCUCAACUACGGGCUCUUCCAGCCCGCCAGCCACGGGCGCGACGGCAAGUUCCUGGACGAGGAGCGGCUCCUGCGCGAGUACCCGCAGCCCACGGGCAAGGGCGUGCCCUCGCUGGAGUUUCGCUACAAGAAGCGGGUGUACAAGCAGGCGAGCCUGGACGAGAAGCAGCUGGCCAAGCUGCACUCCAAGACCAACCUGAGGAGAUGCAUGGAGCACGUGCAGCACCGCGCCGUGGACAAGGUCGCCAAGGUUCUGGAGCGCGGCCUGGACCCCAACUUCCACGACCUGGAGACAGGAGAGACACCCCUGACCCUGGCCGCUCAGCUGGACGACCCCGCAGAGCUGAUCAAAGCGCUCCGGAACGGCGGGGCGCACCUGGACUUCCGCGCCAAGGAUGGGAUGACGGCCCUGCACCGGGCAGCCCGCGCCCGCAACCUGACGGCCCUGAAGACCCUGCUGGAGCUCGGCGCGUCCCCCGACUAUAAGGACAGCUGUGGGCUGACGCCCCUGUACCACACAGCCAUCGUGGGGGGCGACCCCGGCUGCUGUGAGCUGCUUCUGCACGAGCACGCGACCCUCUGCUGCCCGGAUGAGAACGGCUGGCACGAGAUCCACCAGGCCUGCAGGUACGGGCACGUGCAGCACCUGGAGCAGCUGCUGUUCUACGGGGCCGACAUGGGCGCCCAGAACGCGUCGGGGAACACGGCCCUGCACAUCUGCGCGCUCUACAACCAGGACAGCUGCGCCAAGGUGCUGCUCUUCCGGGGCGGGGACAAGGAGCUGAAGAACUACAACAGCCAGACGCCCUUCCAGGUGGCCAUCAUCGCGGGCAACUUCGAGCUGGCCGACUACAUCAAGAACCACAAGGAGACGGACGUGGUCCCCCUUGUGCCCACCAGGAGGACCGUCUCUGGGGCGCCUUCUCGCGCCCAGGGCCCUGCCGCGGGCGGCUGGGCCCCGUCUCGCAUCCCGGAGGAGCCAGCCGGCCCGUGCGUGGCGGCCACGGGCGGGCACCGGAGCGGCGACCGGCCGCAGUGGAGCGGCAGUGUGCCCUUCCGGGAGGCCCCGGCAUACUCCAACCGCAGGCGGCGGCCCCCCAGCACACUGGCCGCCCCCCGGGUGCUGCUGCGCUCCAACAGCGACAACAACCUCAACGCCAGCGCGCCCGAGUGGGCCCCGCGCCCCGCCGGCCCCCGCAGCCUGUCCCCGCAGCUGCUGCCUGCCCCGCCCGGCCCCCGAGGCAGGCCGGGCGGCCCGGAGGACAGCGCCAGGACCCCGCUGCCGUGGCCCGUCGGGCCCCCCUUUGUGCCCGGAGCCAGCAAGGACCAGCUCCCCGACUUCCAGCUCCCCGCGCCCCGGCGGAAGCUCUACAGCGCGGUGCCCGGGCGGCUCUUCGUCGUCGUCAAGCCAUACCAACCCCAAGUGGACGGCGAGAUCCCGCUGCACCGCGGGGACAGGGUCAAAGUUCUGAGCAUCGGCGAAGGGGGCUUCUGGGAAGGCAGCGCCCGCGGCCACAUCGGCUGGUUCCCGGCAGAGUGCGUGGAGGAGGUGCAGGGCAAGCCCACGGACGCACCGGCCGAGCCCCGCGCGGACCGCAGCAAGAAGCUCUUCCGGCACUACACCGUGGGCUCCUAUGACAGCUUCGAUGCCGUCAGCGACUGCAGCGUCCAGGACAAGACGGUGGUCCUGCAGAAGAGGGACAAUGAGGGCUUCGGCUUCGUGCUCCGCGGGGCCAAAGCGGAUACGCCCAUCGAGGAGUUCACGCCCACGCCGGCCUUCCCGGCCCUGCAGUACCUGGAGUCGGUGGACGAGGGCGGCGUGGCCUGGCAGGCCGGGCUGCGGACCGGAGACUUCCUCAUCGAGGUCAACAGCGAGAACGUGGUGAAGGUGGGCCACCGGCAGGUGGUGACCAUGAUCCGACAGGGGGGAAAUCACCUCGUGCUCAAGGUGCUCACGGUGACCAGGGCCCUCGACCCCGACGACGCCGCCCGGAAGAAAGCCCCGCCGCCGCCCAAGCGCGCCCCGACCACGGCCCUCACCCUGCGCUCCAAGUCCAUGACGUCAGAGCUGGAGGAGCUCGGCCUCUCACUAGUGGAUAAAGCCUCCGUGCGGAAGAAGAAGGAUAAGCCCGAGGAGGUGGUCCCGGCGUCCAGGGCGGUGCGGGGCGCGGAGAGCGCGGAGCCCCGGGUGGCCACCAUCCGGCAGCGGCCCAGCAGCCGGUGCUUCCCGCCCGUCUCGGACGUGAACUCCGUGUACGAGCGCCAGGGGAUCGCCGUGAUGACGCCCACCGUCCCCGGGAGCCCGAAGGGCCCGUUCCUGGGCCUCCCCCGAGGUACGAUGCGAAGGCAGAAAUCAAUAGACAGCAGACUCUUUCUCUCAGGGAUCACAGAGGAAGAGCGGCAGUUCCUGGCGCCCCCGAUGCUCAAGUUCACCAGGAGCCUGUCCAUGCCGGACACCUCGGAGGACAUCCCCCCGCCGCCGCAGUCGGUGCCCCCGUCCCCGCCGCCCCCCUCCCCCACUGCCUACAACUGCCCCAAGUCCCCCACGCCGCGGGUCUACGGGACCGUCAAGCCGGCCUUCAGCCCCAACCCCGCCAAGGUGGCGCCCACGGUGCGCGCCGACACGGUGGCCUCGGCCAUGCGGGACAAGGGGCUGUACCUGCGCCGCGAGCUGGACCAGCGCUACUCGCUGGACUCGGAGGACCUGUACAGCCGCGCGGCCGCGCAGGCCACCUUCCGCCACAAGCGCGGCCAGAUGCCCGAGAACCCCUACUCGGAGGUGGGCCGCGUGGCCAGCCGCGCGGUGUACGUGCCCGCCAAGCCGGCGCGGCGGAAGGGCGUGCUGGUGAAGCAGCCGCACGUGGAGGACAGCCCCGAGAAGGCCUGCGCCAUCGCCAUCCCCACCAUCAUCGUCAAGGAGCCGUCCACCAGCAGCAGCGGCAAGAGCAGCCGCGGCAGCAGCGUGGAGGCCGAGCCGCCCGGCGACAGCCUGGCGGUCAGCAGCCCCUUCGCCGCGGCCAUCGCGGGCGCCGUGCGGGACCGGGAGAAGCGGCUGGAGGCGCGCAGGAACUCGCCUGCCUUCCUGUCCACCGACCUGGGCGACGAGGACGUGGGCCUGGGACCGCCGGGCACCUUCCCUGACGAGGGCGGCUUCAGCGAGGACGAGGGCGGCGCUGAGCCCCCGUCCCCCCCGGCCGGGCUCCCGGCCAGGCCGCCUGAGGCCCAGCUGGCGGGGGCCGGCGAGGCCGGAGCUCAGGGCGAGGCCGCCAGGCCGCAGAACCCCACAGCCAAAGCGCAGGGGCCCGAGGACAGCGCCCUGGGGGGCCCCGAGAGCUACGUGCACCCGCUCACCGGGAGGCUGCUGGACCCCAGCUCCCCGCUGGCCUUAGCGCUGUCCGCGAGGGACCGAGCCAUAAAGGAGGCCCAGCACGGCCCCAAGGGGGAGGCCCCCAAGGCCGACCUCCACCAGCCUCUCUACAUCGAUACCAAAAUGCGGCCCGGCCCGGAUGCGGCCUUCCCGGCGGUCCCCCGGCAGAACACGCGGGGGCCCCUGCGGCGGCAGGAGACGGAGAACAAGUACGAGACGGACCUGAAGGAGCGCAAGGGCGACGAGCGGAAGAACAUGCUCAUCGACAUCGUGGACACGUCCCAGCAGAAGUCGGCCGGCCUGCUGAUGGUGCACACGGUGGACGCCAAGCCGGACGCCUUCCUGGAGGAGGAGGACGAGAAGGCCGACGAGGACACGGAGCCCGUCCACCCGCUGCCCGAGGCGCCCGAGGGCACCCCCGACACCGAAGGUGCUUUACAGAUCUCCGCAGGCCCCGAGCCCGCCGGCCCCGCCUCCGCCCCCGGCAGAACCAUCGUGACGGCGGGCUCCGUGGAGGAGGCGGUGAUCCUGCCAUUCCGCAUCCCCCCGCCCCCGCUGGCGUCCGUGGACCUGGACGAAGAUUUUAUUUUUACAGAGCCAUUGCCUCCUCCCCUGGAAUUUGCAAAUAGUUUUGAUAUCCCCGACGACCGCGCCGCCUCUGCCCCCGCCGCCGCCCCCGCCCCGGACGCGGGCAAGCAGAAGCAAGGCGGCGCCUCCCCGGCCCCCUCGCUGCACUCGGGCCAACCCGCCACCUCGGCCGACGCCAAGAAGCCAGCCAGCCUCUCCAACUGCCUGCCCGCCUCCUUCCUGCCGCCCCCCGAGAGCUUUGACGCCGUCACGGACUCUGGCAUCGAGGAGGCGGACAGCCGGAGCAGCAGCGACCACCACCUCGAGACCACCAGCACCGUGUCCACCGUGUCCAGCCUCUCCACGCUGUCCUCCGAGGGCGGGGAGCCCGUGGACACCUGCACCGUCUACGCAGACGGCCAAGCCUUCCUGGUGGACAAGCCCCCGGUCCCCCCGAAGCCCAAGCUGAAGCCCCUCCUGCCCAAGGCCAACGCCCUCCACCAGGACGCACUCCUGGAGGAGGACCUGGAGGGCUUCGUCCUGGCCCCGCCCGCGCCCGUGCCCCCGCCCCCGCCCGGGGCCGCCCAGGGCGCGGCCAAGGCCCUCCCGGCCCGGCCCUCCAAGCUGUGGGGAGACGCCCCGGAAGUCAAGAGCCCGAUCCUCUCCGGCCCCAAGGCCAACGUCAUUAGCGAAUUGAAUUCCAUCCUGCAGCAAAUGAACCGAGAGAAAACGGCCAAGCCAGGGGAAGGACUGGACAUGCCGGCCGGAGCCAAGGCCGCCAGCCUCACGCCAAGAAGCCCAGAGGUCGUGAGCAGCGUCUCAGGUACACGGAGCACGACGGUCACCUUCACGGUUCGCCCGGGCACCGCCCAGCCCAUCACCCUGCAGAGCCGGCCCCCCGACUAUGAAAGUAGGACCUCAGGAACCAGACGUGCCCCGAGCCCGGUGGCCUCACCCCCGGAGAUGAACACGGAGCCCCUGGCGGCCCCUCUGUGCGCCGUGUCCCCCGCCCCCAGCCUCGCAGACGUCUUCAGCCUCCCGAGCCAGGCGCCGGCCGGGGACCUGUUCGGCUUGAGCCCCGCGGGUCGCAGCCGGUCCCCGUCCCCCUCCGUCCUGCAGCAGCCGGUCCCCAACAAGCCCUUCAGCACGAAGCCCGUGCACCUGUGGACUAAGCCCGACGUGGCCGACUGGCUGGAGAGCCUGAACCUGGGGGAGCACAAAGAGGCCUUCAUGGACAACGAGAUCGACGGCAGCCACCUCCCCAACCUGCAGAAGGAGGACCUCAUCGACCUGGGCGUGACGCGCGUCGGCCACAGGAUGAACAUAGAAAGGGCUCUCAAGCAGCUGCUGGACAGAUAAGAGUGGCUGCGCCCCCCCCCCACCCCACCCCUGUUAUAAGUAGAGAUGGGCUGACCUGAACCGUCCGAGGGCCGGGAGAACAAACCCAGGCCCCGGGGCGUCUCCUGGCACCGUAACGCGCGCAGCUCGGGGCGGCCACACAGGGAGGAAGGACGGGCGCUGGCGCGGCUCGCAGGGCCUCCCUUGGCCGGGUCCGAGCCCAGCCCCAGGGCACCCCCUCCCCCUCCCACCAGGCCCUCACGCACAUUUGCCUUUUCCUCCCUGUGCUUCGCCGGCUGAGCUGCCCCCCCAAUGCAUGUGUUUGGUGCCCCUUCUCGGGCCUGAGAGGUAGGGAACCCCCGUUUGCUGUCGGUCCUUGGCCCCAUCUCCUCCUGCGAUGGCCGUCGCGGCCCUCCGGCCGGGGCUUGUCGCGGUGGCAGGAGUCUGAGCGGGGCCGAGCCCGGCUCUGCCCAUCUCGGAGCAGCAUUCCACAGUGGCCAAGGGGCUGGCACGCGGAGUCUGGGCAGGGCAGUCACCACGCUGAGGGCCACCCCGGCGUGGGGAGCAGCUGGCUUGCAGGGUCACCAGGACACAGUGCGCUGUCUGCCGGGGAGCUGUCCAGGACUGGGAGCAGGGACUUCUCUGCCUCUCAGACUUGGCUCACGUGGGGAGCGUGUUGACUCGUGCAGAGAGCAGUGCAGGCGGCAGUCACGGGACACCAAGGACGAGGUACAAGGUCACUGGCGCACAUGUGGCCUGAGCGGGGUGAGCGACGCUGAGGCCAGACAAGACGGUCACUGUCCACUUGCUCCCUCUCCCGGAGGGGCCAGGAAUGCCACCCGCUUGUCUCAGUGGCACCACAGCCAGCCAGGAGGGGGCACUGGGCGCGGGCACUGAAGGCAGAGGGGACGAGGGGUCUUGGGGGCCCCCCGAGCCCCGCCAGGCUGUGCCCUGGAGCCCUCUGAUUUCCCCAGGGGGUCGCCAUCUGCACAGGGCAGCCGAACAUCCCAGCCAGCCUUCCAGCACAUUCUCCCACCUGUGCAGGGAACUCAAAUGUCAAAAUUUUGGCUUUCAUUACAAUUUCAGAGCAGAGCAAGCAUAGCCCAUCUCUAAUUAUAAGAACAUGAUUUUUUUCCCUCCUCUGUUUCCUUUAUGCUCACAAUCAAGUGUCUGAUUAGGUCUGGACAGUUCUAGAAUGAACGCGUAAAAUUUAGCAAUUUAAUUCUUUCUUUACUGCAAGUUUAAAUAGUUGUACAGAUAGUUUAUAAGCACAAUAUUUUAAGAAAAAAAAAACAGUGGCUGGUCUACUAGGCAGCCUUUGUGCCACUUCAGUGCUAGAAAGUUAAAGAAAAAAAAAACUUUUGUGAUUUAAUAACACUAUUUCUGUGGAAUAAUUAUACAAGUCUGACCUUUUUAAAUCCUCCCCAUUUGGAUGUACCUGAACCAGCAGAGCUGGGUUACCUUUUCUAUCUUUGCUAGAACUUCAUCGAGGACAAUGAUUUCUUCAAAAACGGUUAUAAUUCACAAUGCAGCAGUUUCUACACAUACACACACACACACAGUUUUUCCAGCCAGGCCCCUGAGUGGUAGUUUUGGUCCCAAACCUUUGGCAAAAGCCCUUCCUGCUGUUGGCGGGGAUCCGGUCCAGCCUGGAGUCAACCGCGCGCGUCCAGUGCCCACGCUCACUUCUCCCAUCCCGUGACGAAUGGCUCUGCCGCUAGAGCAGUCCCUGGCUGGGACACGCUGGUGGCCCGCUGAGGUGGCUGACACACCCACACCUGCACAGCUCUGUCUUCCGCUCGGUGGAAGCGCACACAGGUCACUAGGCACACGCUUCGCCCGGCUCUUCCUCCGCCUCCGGCGGGCACCACCCUCCACCCAGGGCCAGGCGCGCUGCUCGCAGGGUGGGGAGAAAGGUGCGCGUGGGUUGAGAGCAGCUGGGUGGCUUCAGGCCUAAGGAACUUAGGUAGCUUGUGGCAGGAGCUGGCCGUUCUGCCCUUCCUCUGAGUCUUCAAGCCAUCCGCCACCAACCAGAACAGGCCCCUGAAGGACUGAGAGCGGCCGCAAUCGCUUUCCAGGACAGUCUCCUUCAAGGAGAGCACGCGAUCCCCCGGCUGCACCGCCCGGCACACACGGGCCAGCCGCGGCAGCUCCCGGCUCUCCCCGAGGACUCUGCUUCAGGAAGCAAUAGCGCCUCACUCAAACCAACAUCUGCCCUUCUCCCCUGUGGGAUGCGUUAGGACCAGGCCCUAUUCCGUGACCCUCUUCGAUGGUGGAACAAAUGUUAGACUGCUUAUAUCAAGAUCAUGUUAAUACUAUGCCAGAUUUUAAGAUCCACUUUUGUUAUAUACUGUAAUUUAAAUAAACUGCAUUUACAUGCCUAGUUUCUGUACUAUUGUGUAUACAAAACCAAAAUCUCUCAAGUUGUAAAUUCUGUAUACCUGCCAAGACACCUUCCCCGGGGUGUCUGUGCACACUUUGAGUUAAAUCACAUAUUACACAGAUGACUCAAUGUGACUGUUGAUUUGCUGAACUUUACAUAUCACAAAGUGAUUUAUUUGUGGUACUUCAGUUAAUAAAAUGGUGAUUUUUUUUCCCCUGAGUUACUGGACAAGCUGGCAUUAUCCAGGCGAUCUGGCAACGGCUUUUUGUGUGGGGGCCACAAUUAUGAUUUUUCUUCCCAUGAACAAAUUUUUUUUUUGUUUUUUAGAUACUGAUACAUUUUCACACUACAGUUUGUGUAACUCAUUCGCAUUAUCUAUGUUGCUGUUACUUUUGUGCUUUUAUUCUUUUCAGACUUUAUUAAAAAACAAAACAAAAAAACCAAGCUCCUGUAAUUUGCACUUUCUCCCAAUCCUUAAAUCUCUUGUAUGGCAACCAAAAUUACUGUAAAAAAAAUAAAUAUACUAUUGCACUAAG